AUAUUUGCAUUCCUCCCCCCCUCUUUCUUUCCCACUUUCCUCACCCGUUGACAACAACUAACAAGUAACAACACUCUCUCUCUCUCUCCUCCUAAAAACACAAAGAAACUCACAACAACAACAACAACAACAAAUUAACAACAACAACAAACAACAGAAAAAUCAUGCAAGGAGUUCAACAUCAAGUGAGACUAGAAUUAACAACAUCAGGUAACACAUCACCACUAGCAAUCGACAUAUCAGAAUCAACAGAGGUAAGGAUCCAACGGUUAAUAUCAGAGAAUCCAGUAGUGAUCUUCAGCCGUUCAUCAUGUUGCAUGUGCCAUGUCAUGAAGAAUCUCCUCCACACGAUUGGAGUCCACCCAACUGUCAUUGAGUUAGAGGAAGAUGAGAUCUCCGGCAUACCCACUAACUCCGCCGAAGAUUCCGGCGAAACUCCGGCGUUAUUCAUCGGAGGAACACGUGUCGGUGGCUUAGAGAGCCUCGUGGCACUUCACCUUAGUAACAAACUUGUUCCUUUGCUUGUUGAUGUUGGUGCUCUUGUUGUCCCUCUUUGGGUAUGAUAAUAAUUAUCAUUAUCAUUAUAAUUAUCAACAAACAACAAAAAUAAUCAUUAAAAAAUGAUAAAUAAAUUCUAAAAAAAGAAGAGUAAAAUUUCCUAAUAAUGUUGUUGCUACUAUUUUUAGUAGGUUUAAAGAAUGAUAUAAGAGGUUUCUUCUUUUUUUUUUUUAUUAUUAUUACCCCUACCCCCAUCCCCACUAAAAAUAAUUAGGUGCAGUAAUUAUAUUGUAAUUUUUAUGUUUUUGAGUAAGAAUAUCUAUAUUUAUAUCUGUAAUUUUUAAGGAGGAAAUUAAAAAUGAAGAGUGUAAUAUAUAUCAUGAAAAUGAUGGUGUUUGAUUAAUUAAACUGUUUUGUAUA